AUGGUCAGUCGCACGUGUACGCGCACCAUGGCCGGAUAUCCCAACGUAGCUGACCUCGCCCUGUAUUCCGCUCUCGUCCGCUCUGUUCCCGCUCGCAGUCCAAGGUCUCUGCCCCCGAACUCAAAAAGGUUAGUCUCCCUCACGCAUGCCGUACAAUACACAGGAAAGAAGGCAUAGACUCUCUUUAUGGGCGCUGGAGGCUCGUCACCAUGGCCUACCUCCUUCCACUCCUCGAGGAAUCGGAUCCUGAAACUGACCCUCUCCCACCUCACCUCACCUCACCCCGAACGCCCCAAUUCGCCCCACUCGAACUGACCACAGUACAUGGACAAGCUCCUAGUCGUGAACGUUCAGGGCGGUCGGAAAGUCAGCGGCUACCUGAGGGGUUACGACAUCUUCCUCAACUUGGUCCUCGACGACGCGAGGGAGGAGAACCAAGUGGACAAGACACCCUGUGGAACUGUCGUACGUGAGCACAACCUGAGGUUAGUGGUAGUUCUGUUGCUGAUCUGCCCGAGUUUGGCUUUGGUAAUCAGGUCAUUCGAGGGAACUCGGUAACGAGUAUGGAACUCACCGCAAGUCGAUGA